AGGCACGGAUUGCUCCGUGCGCAGUAACCAGUAACACGCAUUUUGAUACAGAGUAGAGAGUAGAGUAGAAAUAGAAGUAGCUGCGUUUUGGAGCUUGGUGACGCCCGAGUUUGGGGUCUGCUGCUCCAUUUCUUUUAGUUGGGGAGUACGUUCCUCUUCUUCGCUUGUAUGUCGGCUGGGGAAAGGGGGUUAGCUGGAUUAGGUAGCUUGUUGAUUAUUACAUUUAUAGAUCGCAGGAGGAUCAUCCUUUGCACUUUGGAUCUAUCUGCUGAUUGUCAACAUGCGGAGUUUCUUCUUCAGUGGACCUGUCCUAAUAUUUCUGCACGAUUUGCGUUUCUUUGAGGAAGUCACACAGCACACUGAGUGCAAUUUUUCGAUCUGAGCUUGUAUUCCAAUUGCCCAUUAUCUUGGCAAAGGUGAGAGGCGUGUGACUAAGCUUUCUUAGUUCCUUGCCUAAUUGUUCACGUUCUUUGGAGAACUUCUUGCACUGAGUGACGACACGGUGGGUGGUAUCGGGAAGCAUACACGUUGAGCAGUCAGGAGAGUCUGCUUUGCCCUGCUUGAAGAGGACUGAGUUGGUUGGCAUUUUGAUACAGAUUUUGCGAGAGCUGUGGGGGGCUGCUUAGGGCGUGCCCUUAGUUUUUUUACUUCCAUGCUGCUGAUACGCAUGACUCUCGUCGUCCUCACUAUAUGGCUAUGUCUUUGCCUAUAUGAAGCAGGAGCUUAUAAAAAGGGCUUUGCAAAAGAAGCCUGCAAGACAUUGUGUCCAAUUGUUAACUGCACCGAUAACGGUCUUGCCGCGAGAGAAGUGGAACUCAAGAGGUCCGAUCGGGGUUUCCCGCUAUCAGAAAGUUUUGAGUUUGAUAAAAAAAUUCGUCGAACCAAGCCUUUCCGAGUGACGGUGAAUAUUAAAAAUGGAGUGGAUGUCAAUGCUCUGAUGCUGGUGUUUCGGGAAGGUAUAGAAGGCAAACCGCUCGGAUACUUUAAGAACUUCUCCGAUAACCUGGUGCCAGUUCAGUGCGACGGUGGCCCGCCGAAUGCUGUCACUAACAAGGACUUUUCUCCCAAAUCGUCUUUCUGGUUCGAGUGGAUGCCCACGGACAUCUCCGAUAUAAAUAUAGCUCUAAGGGGCACAUUUGUGGUGAACGAUGAGUACUGGUAUAACAUUGAAGUCAAAAGCAAUUUUCUGGUGGACACAUUUCCUCCUUCCAUGUCAGAAUGCGGUCGUACAAAGAGCUGUGUGACAUUGUCACGUACUGCAGCCAAGUGUGACAAGGCAAGCCGUUGUGAUAUCACACUAAAGUACGGCCUCUCCCCUGAUAACCGAACGCUUGAGGUUGUACUAGGGGGCGUGGCACCUCAGACUGGACAGUAUGUUGCUGUUGGAUUCACAGAUGACCGCGACACAAUGAAAGAUAUAAGGAUCUUUUCCUGUAGGCGUACCGAGGACCGGGCCGCAGUGGAAAUCGAAGAUGAUUCACUCCAGGAAUCUGAAGGGGUUAUAGAAGAAGUAGAUACUGAGCAAGAUGGUGAACGCGUGUGGUGCAGCUUCAAGACGCCUGUAAAAGUGGGAGACUACAACUUAAUAGCACCUCGUUACCAAGUAUAUCUGCAUGGCACUGCUGAUACUACAACCGGGCGAAUCAAGAUUGGACCCAAGUUCACAACCUCAAAGAAGAAAAUAGAAAUUGGUGUUCCAUUUGAAAGCAAUCUGACUAGUGGUGCUCUAUCAUUUGCCCAUUGGCCGUUCUGCAAUAUUGCUUCCAUGCUUACGUUACAGCUCUGUUACUGGCUCCUGCACACAGAGUAAGGGUCGACUCACACGAUGCAACUUUAGUUGCGCGCAACCAGGUUGCGCCACCAAGUUGCACCGUGUGAACGCAAAGC